AUGCUCAAUUCUCUGCAUUGCGAGUUGAUCUUCAACGACCUUCGCGAUUCACAACGCCGUCAUCGCAAAGCGGAGGUGUCCAAAGCAUCCAACAUUGCCACAGUGGCUGUGCGCAGCGGAUAUCGGCGAAGUCCUCUCGAGUCCAUUGAGCUGAAAAGUGCAGAUUGGUCAACUGCAGAGUCUUUGACGGCUCUGAAAAGCAGCGUCUUGCAAAGUGCAAGAGAAAGGGAUCAAAAUUUGGGUCUGAAUGUUUACCACUUGAUCAAUGAUAAGUCAUGUGGUUGGUUGACCAAACCACACGUCUACACUGAGCGCCUGAGAUUGUAUCGCAACUUGUUGGCUGAGCAUCGUAAAGAUCCAAGAGUCAACCUCGAGAAAGUGUAUGACGAAAGCUGGCCAUGCAGGCUGCUCUUGACGGGAGGGUUGCUCAAGUGCAGGCACACUGAUGAAAUGCAAUUUGCAUUGGUGGUGAAGUCAUGUGCAAAUGCUGUUCGCUUCGUUCAAGCAGUCAGGGUGGACCCUCCUUCAGACCUGCCAGACAGCACUGAAACGUACAAAAUCAUCGGCGAUGGUCUGGUGCAAGAGACCAUGCAGUUCUCUUUGGGCCACGGCCCAAUUGGGAUUACUGAGCCCACCGUUUGCAGGGACAGAGGUUUGCUGUUCACUGUGAAGAAAUGGAAGACCGUCGCAGAGUACCUUUGCGAAGAGAGCAUUGUGCACGUGCCAGCUGGAUUCCUGGAAAAGUUUUGUACUGCUCAAUCCAUUGGUGGCAAACAGAAGUUGAAGCAUCACGAAAGAGUGAAGCAAAUCCUCCAGCAUUUCAAGUACACUGACGAGUACAUUGAUGAAGUCCUGUCCCACAUUCCCGUCAGAGAAAAAAAGCAAAAGCAUCUGGACCCGAGCAGGACGAAGACAAUCAGCAUGAAGAAAUGUGAUGACGAGCAGGAGAUUCUGGACUCCCUGAACUACAACGUUGACAACCCUGAUGAAGACGAAGAAAAACAGAAUCAAGAGGGUGAUCAUAAAGAGAAAGCCGCCGAAGCCAAAGGUGAACAGCCUGAUGAAGCCAUGAUGCGUGAGGGACCUGAUGCUGCGAGGGCCGCAGCCUCAAAGGUCUCUCGUAACAUAUUGUCGCAUUGCAAGUUUUUCCUCGUUAACAUAUUGAAUGCGUAUUCUGUUGGCUGCAUCAAGGAAAAAGAAGAUGAUGGAUACGAGAGAGCUCCCAAUGCAGGUCCCAAUGUCCGACAACCAGAUCACGGGUUGGAGUUGCUGCGCCACGAGCUCCCGCCCGGCAUCAAAGCAACAAUUGGAAGACCGGCAGAAGCAGCCCCAUUCAUUCAGUUGCGCAUCGUGAGUGGAGAUAGGUUCCUAGGCAAGGGUAGCAGAUCCUGGAGUUUCGUGCCGCAUGGCGGAGCUCCGCUGCCUCGUGGCACAUCGCGAAAUUUUGAUGAGGCUCUGCUGAGCGGCACCACUUGGGUAUGGCGUUGGUUUAAUUCCUUGGGUGACGACAGGAAGCAAGAAAUACGUGCCAAGCACCCAAGCUCUGCACCUCCGUGUGAGGGUGGAGAUGCCCCUGAUCAGGCCGAGCUGCCACGUGCCACAAGGGCACGCCACUAG